CAAGCUGACUUGCAGGGAGCAACCAUGUGUUUGAACAGCGGCUACCCGUGCAAUUGCCUACCUGAUGGGGGCCCAUGUGAGCCCUGCAGGAUGACCAAACCCGGCGGAGACAUGCAGGGACACGAGCCAUUGCCAAGCGGCAUCAGAUCCGAGACCCUGAGCGAGCCAGAGCACCUGAGCAAGACGCCCAGUCCUCCCACGAAGGAACGGGACAGAAACUGGGGAUGGAUUUUGUCCGGGGUCAUUUUUAUUAACGUCCUGAUGCUAGGGAUCGCGUUGGUGAGCGGCAGCGCCUAUGAGCAUGUGGACGUCAGCAUGUCCGACCUGCAGGUUUUCCUGGUUGUCAUCCUCAUCUUCACCUGCAUCUGGAUGAUUUACUACAUCAUCUUCACAGCCAGGAUUGAAAAUGCCGUGGCUUACAGGGACGGGCAUGCCGGCCCUGUAUGGCUCAGGGGAGGAAUGGUGUUGUUCGGCCUGCUCAGUAUUAUCAUGGACAUCUUCAAGAUAGGCACCUACGUGGGCUACCUUCACUGUAAGUCGGCCAUCUACGUCGUCUUUCCUGUGGUGCAACUUGUCUUCAUCAUUGUGCAGACGUACUUUAUGUGGGUCCAUGCCAAAGACUGUGUACAGCUCCAAAGGAACCUUACACGCUGUGGGCUGAUGCUCACCCUCUCCAUUAAUCUCGUGCUGUGGAUGGCGGCGGUCACAGAUGAGUCCCUUCACCAAACAUCUCACCCUGAAGAUGAACAUCAUGACAACGACACACAUGGACUUGAGGACGACCAUGGCAACGACACGCAUAAACUGUCUGGACGGAGCAUGUACAGCAGAGCCGGUUCCGACGAAGGCGGGUGCAAGUGCAGCCACACUUCAUGCAGCCUUUUCCAAGAGGCCUACUUUUACUUGUACCCCUUCAACAUUGAGUACAGUCUCUUCGCCUCGGCCAUGGCCUACGUCAUGUGGAAAAACGUCGGCCGACUCGCAGUAGCACACGGCCCGCAUCACCACGGCCACGCCCACAAAUUCCAUCUCAAGGACGCGUUGGUCGGCCCCUUGGUGGGAGUCCUCCUGGUGUUUGUGGGUCUGGCAACUUUCAUCGUGUAUGAAAUGAACAUGAAGAAGGCGGACGACCCCGACAAGAGAGACCAAGCGAUAAUGAUCCACUUCGUCACAAAUAUAGUCAUCAUAACGCUCAUGCUGGUGGCCACCCUCAUCGGCACAGCCAUCUACAAGCUGGACCGCAGGGAACACGAUUCUGAGAAGAACCCCACACGCAGCCUGGAUGUAGGCCUCCUGGUGGGAACCUCCAUGGGCCAGUUCAUCAUUAACUACUUCACCAUAGUUGCCAUGGUAGCGUCCGGAGCCCCGGGCGUUCUGAACAGACUCAACCUGACCUGGGCUAUCCUGAUGGUGCUCCAGAUCGGCUUGCAGAACUUCUUCAUCGUUGAGGGUCUUCACAGGGAGCCUUUCCAUGAAGAGGAGCACCAUGACCCCAUCCAUGUGGUGGCGAAUUCAUACGUGCUGGAGCACUCCAGUAAAAACCUGAGUACCCUGGAAGGAUCGGAAAUAAGCUUCAAGCCCAGCCCGCAGGUGGCAUCAGUAAGCCCAUUUGGCGUGCCGCACUACAGACACAAGCUGACGUGGAAGAGGCGGGUACUGAAGGAGGUCUCCGUCUUCCUGCUGCUGGCCAACAUCAUUCUGUGGAUCAUGCCUGCAUUCGGGGCUCGACCCCAGUUUGACCACCCCGCCGAAGCAGAAUUCUACGAUUUCAACAUGUGGGCUGCCAUCGUGAACGUUGGACUUCCUUUCGCCAUUUUUUACCGCAUGCACUCAGUGGCCAGCCUCUUGGAAGUGUUUGUCAACUCCUAAGAGGCUUUGUUCAUGUUCAUUUAUGACAUCUUUUUAAAUCUCUCAUCCGAUUCAGGGUCACAAAGCUGGAGCCUAUCCCAGCCGACUUAGAGAAAAAGGGGGGCACACACUGGACUAAUAUCAUAAGGCCGACAUGAGAUGGACAACCUUUCACGCUCACACACUAAGGCCAUUUUUGAGUGUUCAGUUAGGAUAGCGGACGUGUUUUUGGAUUGUGGGAGGAAGUACCUGGAAAAAACCCACUCAAGCACAGCAGAACAUGCCGAACACCUUCUUGCUGUGCCGUUUAAGGCAGACACCCGCACCGCCGCGCUGGCCCACCCAACUGUUUCUUUCAUAUCAAUGUGGAAUGUGUUGUAUUGACUCUUUCCCAUGACUAAUAUUUCUUGUAAAGUUGUGACUGAUGUUAUUACUUUGGUGUUUUGAUGAAGUAAUAAGAUGAUCAUUUUACCAUGUAAAUGUUUCAUAAUUUUCAAAUGCCGGAAGAGUUGAAAUUGAUAAAUUACAUUUUCACUGUUUAUAUGUUUCAGCUUGACAAAAAAAAUGUAAUAAAAAAAAAAAAAAAAAACGAUUAAAG